GCCUCCUCAGAAGCCAAAUCACCCUUUUUGAUCACACCAUUUCAGCCAACUGACGAUGGAGCAGGUAAGUCUGAGACCUUCCCAAGAUGGUAUCGUGCAGGUGCCUUUGGUCUGUCGUCAUGUCCGGUUGGCCGCGGCAGUUUCCGGGUGCAACCGAGCAGUCGGCGAGUUGUUGGUCGGAGUGACGGGGAGACGCGGCGGCGAGCCGAGAUGGCGGACCGCGCCCCUCUCCUAGAAUACGAGGAAGGUCCUGCCGUCGCUUUUCCUGCUGGCCCGGGUCCGGGCAGCGGAUCAGAAGCGGUACCUGGACCGCGCAGCUUCGCUGGUAGUGGCGAGAGAUGGAGCCCGGUACCGGGCGGUCCACGAGCGGCUCACCGAGGCCCGGAGCGCGAAGAGGAGGAGCAGGUGGUCGCCGUGUUCGUGGUCACUUUCGACACCAGAGCAGGUAACAUUGUUGAAUGGCGUUUGCCACAAGAAGUGGACUUGGAAGGAGUGGAAUUUAAAUCCAUGGCGAGUGGAUCUCACAGAAUUAACUCUGAUUUUGUCUACUUUCGGAAAGGUAACUACUUUGGUAUGGCAUGUUUUGCCAACAUGCCUGUCGAGAGUGAACUGGAACGAGGUGCUCGAAUGAAGUCUGUUGGAAUUCUUUCCCCAUCGUAUACACUUCUGUACAGAUACAUGCAUUUUCUGGAGAAUCAGGUCAGACAUCAACUUGAAAUUCCUGGACAUUAUGCACAAUUAGAAGCUUUUUAUGAAGACAAGAAAGGUAUUUUACCUGCUGGAUUGAGCAGCAAAGGAACCCCUACAUCCAUUCAGCCCCUUCACUGGUUGCCAUCAGUUAACAAGUACAUGUAUCCAGAGAUGAAGAUCACUCACCCUGCAGGAUGCAUGUCACAGUUCAUCAAGUUUUUUGGGGAGCAGAUAAUGGUUCUUUGGAAGUUUGCACUCCUAAGGAAGCGGAUCUUGAUUUUUUCGCCCCCUCCAGUUGGAGUGGUCUGCUAUAGAGUUUACUGUUGUUGUUGUCUGGCGAAUGUUUCACUGCCUGGGAUUGGUGGAGUUCCUGAAUCCAAACCUUACUUUUAUAUCAGUGUAGCAGACAUAGAAACCCUGGAGAAUGAGAUGUCCUAUGUAGCCUGCACAACAGAAAAGAUAUUUGAAGAAAAAAAGGACUUGUAUGAUGUUUAUAUUGAUAACCAAAAUGUGAAAACUGACCAUGAGCACCUACAGCAACUGCUGAAAGUCAACAAUGCUGAUAAGGACAAAUACCGGAAGCUCAAUGACCAGAGACAAAUGCUGCUUUAUUCUCAGGAGGUGGGAGAUUGCAGCACCAAUGAAGAGGAUCUGUUCAUUAUGUUCUUCAUGGAACAGAAUAAUCGCAUUUUUCAAAUGUUGUUGGAAGUUUCAGCAUGCCAAGACAAAACGCUAACAGCUGACCAUGUAAGGAGUAUGGGGCUGGACCCCCAGGGGGAUCGCAUCUUCCUGAUGGAUCUGCUUGAGGUUUAUGGGAUUGAUGUAAUGCUGGUUAUUGACAAUCCCUGUUGUCCAUGAUCCAGGACUUGUGAACUGCUGUACAAACUGGACAGGUCCAAGAUAAUAUUUAAAUUGAUACAUAACAUUUAAAAAGUAUAUAAAAACCAAGUGCAAUUGUACCAUGGCACGCAACGAUUUCUUGAGCUGUGCCCAGGUCAGUUCACAAACCACUAGUUUUCUCCCUUUUCCAUUGUCAAAGUACAUAAAGACUUUGAAGAAUUAAUCUAUGGAAUAAAUCAGGAUGGCUUCACUGCAAGAAAAGCUAAUCUGAAGGAGUUUUUUUGUAUAGCAAGUGUUCUUGAUUAUUGCCUUCUCUUGACAAAAGCUGAUGUGAUUUUUUUUUGAUUGCUAUUUGUGACUUGUACAAUAGCAGUUGUAUAUGGUAUAUGCACAUGUGGACUUUCGUGCACAUACACAAAUGCAUUUCCAGCGCACAGAGACUCCAUACUGUCCCACUGAAUUGCAGGGAGAUGCCUUUUUGAUGUUCUUCAGCCAAGGUUGGAUUCUGCUUUUUGGAAAGUGUUUAACUCGAUUUCAUAAGGCCAUCACUAAGCUGUGUUGAGUAGUUACAUGGUAUUGGCAAUCACCCACUCGUUUUUAAAGUGAAGAUUUUGACCACUAAAUAAUGAGGUGCACUGUAGCAUGAUAAUUAAGAAAGAAAUAAUUUCACUGAACUUCCAUUUUAAAUAUUGUACCAUCAGACUUUUAAAUUGACCCUGAAUAUGCCUCUAGUUUUGUUACCAUUACUUCACCUGUUGCAGGUAACUUUAUAAUGUUACAUGCAGGUAAAUUUCACCAACUACCACGUAUCAAAGCAUUACAAAUUAUUGUUCUGAAUACGAUUUAAAUCAUACCAUUUCAGAGGUAAAGAACGAAAGAUAUUUGAUGCCACAGUCAGGUUACUGGGUCAAGUUGGAAAAUGUUUCUCAGUAUUACUUUUAAGGCCAUAAGGAAAGCAAGUAAUAAGAUUCAUGUUUUUUUUUUCAACCUAGUAUUAGCAUCUUUGUUCACUUAGUAUUGUGCUAGAAGUUAUCGUCUUAUUGGUAGAGUUGUUUGCAAUUCUUUCCUGCUUUGACAUUGUUUAUUGGAUGAGUAACAAAAGUGACCGAGUAACAAAAGUGACCAAGUAACAAAGCUAAAUUAUAAAUGAUUUUACAGCAGUUGAAGGAAUGGUGAAGCCUUGUGUCAGGAAAUCAAAUAAGGUGUGAUGGAAGAUGCCAGAUGUCAAUUGUGUGUGUGCUCAUCUCUCCUCAGUGUAUUUUUGUGAGAAUGAAAACAUGAGAAUUGGAACUGAUGGUUGAGGAGGCAACUUCACUUCAGCAAGUACUAAGAAACAUUAGUGGAACUCCAAAUUAAACAAGGUAAUUAUAGGCCGAUUAGAUUAAAAGCCAAAAUGGCUUAAAAUUAUUUCAUGUCCAGUCAGAUUACAGCCUAGUUACUGGUUACCUAAUUUUAAAACCAAUAAACAAAUUGAGAAUGUGUUAGAAAGAUUCACAGAAGUAAUAUCAGGAGUUAGAGAUUAAUUAUGAGACUCAAGAAAUUAUUUUCUCCUCCCACUGGGAAGCAAAAAAGUGCAAAAGAAAGUCUGAUAAAAGUACUUAAAAUUAAGUGAUAGUGUUCAGUGAUAAAUCAGUUUAAGAUCAUCACAAAACUUUCUUCAGGCAGUGCUAAUAAUACAAGUAAUCAGAAACAGGUUCAGAAUGAGAAUAGAAAAUACAGUGGAAAUGAAUAAAUUUGUCAAAUGAAUUGGAUGUAGUGGAUAAACAACUGAUAAAAGUUAAGAAUAGCUUUCUUUGGUGUGAAUAGUUUUAGCAACUACUACUACUACCUCGACUCAGACCUAGGGGGCCAGCGUCGGGCAAAACAAGGACAUUGGUUAUACUAGAGACGGUGUGGUAAAAGCUACUGCAGCGAUUAAAUUUUCCAUAUGUACAAAGCAGAAUGGUAACUGAGCUUAUAAAAGUAUUGAACCUUUAGAUAGAACUCAAUUGAACAAUUUGAUCACUUUCAUUAAUUUUAAUAUUACUAAAACAAUACACAAUGGAUCAUGGGAAAUGUAUUAGUAAAAAUGUAAAAUGAGUAAUUUUUGUGUGGUUAUCAACCACCUUUUUGUCCAUCAGUGUGACACUGUCAAUAUAGUAAAGUGCAAUAGACCUAUCAAAGGUAUUUGUAUAAUUUAAUUUCAUACCUAAAGUAUUGGUUUACAUUCCCCAUAACUUCUCAAAAUUAAAUUAAUCUUUCGGAUUUUUUAACUCUGAUUUUUGUAUUGGUUAGUUUACUGAAGGAUAUUGACACCACCUAAAGAUUCAGAAAAUAUAAACCUGCACUAGUGCAAACGUUUAUACAUAUGCUGCUGACCUUAUAUAAAAUCAUAAUUUUAACAAUUUACCAUUGAUGUUGUAUAGUGUAUAGCAGUUUCUUUUUGUUAUCCAUUGAGUGCAAGCUUCACAUUUUUCAUAUUUAGAAUUGUUUCUAUUAUCCAAUAAUUUUGUUCUUUAAAAAGUGAAAUUUUACUUCAGCUGUGCAAUCAAGGUUACGUUCUCUUGUUUGAAGUUGAGAUGAACAUACUAUCAGAUAAAGAUAAGUCCAUUACAGAUAUGUUCUAAUGGUCUACACCUGAUGCAUUUUUAAGUGUGCAAUAGUAAGAGUGGGAGGAGGUUACUUAAUGCUGAACUGAUAGUACAUUGAACAUUGUUGUGCUGCACUUUGAAAUGAAUGCUGGACUUGACAGCUACUUGUGCAUUUAAUCCUUGUAAUCCUUAUGAUUUUGCUUAAUUCACGGGUGGCCUGUUUCACUAGGUUUGAAGGUAACUUCUGGAAAUAUUUAGUUAAACUUGUGUAUGCUACUGCCUCUCGCAUGGGAGAGAAUAGACACUGAAAGUUUUAUCCACCUGUGCUAUAGUGGCAUGGUUUAUCUGUGGCUCUGUUCUGUUAAAAUAGUUUUGGGAGCUAUAGUUAAGCAUUGCACGUGCUUUUUAAAUGAAACCAGUGGUGAUGUUUACGUCUAUCAAUUCAGUUCAGCAACCAGAUUAGCUACUUUACUGCCUUAUUUAAAAAUUACUUUGACAGCUGGCUAUAUUUCUUAAUGCUAAUAAUAUCAGUAAAAGCAAAGCAUUAAUUCUUUAUCAUUCCAUUGUUUUAACAUGAGCCAACACUCCUUGAUGUCAAAAUCAUGCUAUUAAGCAGUAGUAACUAUCAUGUAAAUAUGAUCAGUGAUGGGAGGUAGUGUGAGAGUGCAAGUUAAGCCUGAAGUGCUACAAUUCAUUUGAACAAGUGUGAUGUUGUAUUUAACCUUCCAAAAAUCUGUCCUUGCAAAGCAGAUACAAGUUAUCAUCAUCCACUCAGAUUUUUUUAUUUUCAGUGAUAUUCACCCUAAAUUUAGAUCAAAGAUAUACAGGAGGUUUAUAAGAUAUGAUUGACUGAUUUGGGCAUGAAGAUUGUACAUUAUUUUUCAUUUUAAGUCUUUUUAUUGCACUUCUCUUUGGUUUGUCUAUGGAUGUCAGUGCCCUUUUUCAGCAUUUGUAGAUGUUUUUCCAUCUCAUUACUCUGCCCAGAUGUAUCAAUAUGCCCAACCAUUGUGCAUUUGCAAUAAUACUGAAUCUGCCUCAGACACUGCCUAAGAGAUAAGCAAAGAAAUCUAAUUCCAUGAGGUAAUAUUGUAAUUAUCUUUUCCAGAUAUGGUAUGAUGUAGACAUCAACAUCUUUAAUAAAACAUUCCUAAAACUGUAUAAUACUAAACAGUUAAUAUAUUAUUUUAAGUUGCUUUAUUCUAAACUGUAAGAUGCGUUAUUAAAUAAAUCCAAGAAGCUGAGGUCAGUAAGUAAUUCUGUGACUUUGUAAAGUGUUACUAAUAGAUGUAGCUUACGCUAGAUGGAAGCAGAAGCAUUUAGAAUUGAUGCACCUCUCUGUGCUAUUGCUUUGUAAUGACUUUUCUGCUGAGGAAGCUAUAAAUCUUCAGCCUUUCUCCAGUGUGGAGACCGCUUUGCUUCCUGGAGAUCAGGAUCUUGAUUAGGUUUAUUAUGGCAGACUUAAAUUUGUCUUGGGUUAUUAAUGAGAGAAGAAAAAUUUGAUAUUUAAAAUAAAUACUAGUUAUCAAUGUAUUAGCAUGAUAACUGGCCCUUUUUCACUCUUGCCUCCAGUCUUUAUAUGCACUUGUUACAGAAUGAUUAGUGGUGGUAAAUUUGCUCAACAGAUUCUAAAAUGUUAGAUGCUUGAUGAAAUGUGUCAGUCUUAAUUGGUGUUAAACAUAAUCAAAGUAUAAAUGGCAUUUGAUGAAAGGGACUGAAGUAGGGGAGCAUCUGUACUGCCACUGGCCUGCCAGGAACAUAGUGAAAAUUAGGCUCUUGAUCUAUCUGUGUUAUGCACUUAAAUAUAAAGUUUUGAAGAACUUUUGUUAAUCUGCUUAAAACUCUGGAUUCAACAUUGUUGUAUUAACCAGUGAUAAUGUUCUAAAGGUAAAUACUGCAGAUGCUGGAAAUCUGAAAUAAAAAUACAUUACCAGAAGCAGUCAGGUCAGUCAGUAUCUGCAGAGAAAGAACUUGUUGGAUCCCUAACGUUUCAAAAGAAACCUGUUUAGACCUGUUGAGUAUUUUUAGUAUUUUAUACAUUUAGAUAAGAAAUGUUGUAGAGAUCUUUGUUCAGUUGUUGCAUAAAACACACUGUGAAGGUUGUGUGUUCUUUACUGAUGGGAAUUGAGAGAAAACGGACAAUUUGGACUUGAAAAGAAAACUGCUGUCAAGGUUAUUAAAAAUGUACUUUUAAAAUAAUAGGUAUAUGUGAAGGAAUGUAAAUUUCUCACUGUCUUCUGUUAAUUUUGUACUCUGUAAAUCUGAAUAGAUGUGCCUAAUAUAUUUUCUAAUUAAAAGUUAUCUGUAGUAAAUCUUGUUUUGUCAGAGGUGAUGUAUUCUUGCCAUACGGAUAUUUCUGUCUGAGCCACAUUAUGCACUUGUAAAAGAGCCCCAGUUUUAAGUGGGCCUGUUACAACAUGCUGUGAAUGUAUAGCACUAUAUUAAAAUAUG